AUGAAGCACUCGGUGGCUGCUUGGCUUCUGCUUGGGCUCAGCCUCAGCGUCCCUCAAUUCUGCAGAGGUGAUAUUUGUGAUCCCAAUCCUUGUGAAAAUGGGGGUAUCUGCUUGUCAGGAUCGUCUGACGGUUCCUUUUCCUGCAAGUGUCCAGAUGGCUUUACAGGCCCCAACUGUUCUAGUGUUGUGGAGGUUGCAUCAGAUGAAGAAGAGCCAACUUCAGCAGGCCCCUGCACUCCUAAUCCAUGCCAUAACGGAGGAACCUGCGAAAUAAGCGAAGCGUACCGAGGAGACACAUUCAUAGGCUACGUUUGUAAAUGUCCCCGAGGAUUUAAUGGGAUUCACUGUCAGCACAAUAUAAAUGAAUGCGAAGCUGAGCCCUGCAAAAAUGGUGGGAUAUGUACAGACCUUGUUGCUAACUAUUCCUGUGAGUGCCCAGGGGAAUUCAUGGGAAGAAAUUGUCAAUACAAAUGCUCUGGCCCAUUGGGAAUUGAAGGGGGAAUCAUUUCAAAUCAGCAAAUCACAGCUUCAUCUACCCACCGAGCUCUUUUUGGACUCCAGAAGUGGUAUCCCUACUAUGCACGUCUGAAUAAGAAGGGACUAAUAAAUGCCUGGACAGCUGCAGAAAAUGACAGAUGGCCGUGGAUUCAGAUAAAUUUACAGAGAAAAAUGAGAGUUACUGGUGUGAUUACUCAAGGAGCCAAGAGGAUUGGAAGUCCAGAGUAUAUCAAAUCCUACAAAAUAGCAUAUAGUAAUGAUGGAAAAACCUGGACAAUGUACAGAGCGAAAGGAACCAAUGACGACAUGGUAUUCCAUGGAAAUGUUGAUAACAACACACCGUAUGCUAACUCUUUCACACCCCCCAUAAAAGCUCAGUAUGUGAGACUGUAUCCCCAAGUUUGUCGAAGGCAUUGCACUUUGAGAAUGGAACUUCUUGGAUGUGAACUGUCAGGCUGUUCUGAGCCUCUGGGGAUGAAAUCAGGACAUAUACAAGACUAUCAGAUCACUGCCUCCAGCAUCUUCAGAACUCUCAAUAUGGACAUGUUCACUUGGGAACCAAGGAAAGCCCGGCUGGACAAGCAGGGCAAAGUGAAUGCCUGGACCUCCGGCCACAAUGACCAAUCACAGUGGCUACAGGUGGAUCUUCUAGUCCCUACCAAAGUGACUGGCAUUAUCACACAAGGAGCUAAAGAUUUUGGUCAUGUGCAGUUUGUAGGCUCCUACAAACUAGCUUACAGCAAUGAUGGAGAACACUGGACCAUAUACCAGGAUGGAAAACAAAGAAAAGAUAAGGUUUUCCAGGGCAAUUUUGACAAUGAUACUCACAGAAAAAAUGUCAUUGAUCCUCCCAUCUAUGCACGGCACAUAAGGAUCCUUCCUUGGUCCUGGUACGGAAGGAUCACACUGAGGUCGGAGCUGCUGGGCUGCACAGAGGAAGAGUGA